UACCAUAACUCACUACUGACAUUGUGUAUUUCACCAAGUUUUACGUCUAGAAAAUCAGGUGUACGACAAUAUUAAACAAUAUUUGGUGGUAAAAUUGUAUAUAUUUAUGUAUAAGAAGCAUAGGUUGAGUCUCGUCUGUGAUAACUUUAUGGCACUGUAAGCACAGAGUGGAGUAUAAUACAUCAAAUAUCAAUUCAUAUAGCUCUCCCGUUUUCAAUGGACCUGAUGUGAAAAAACCCACGUGCGCUUUCUGACUGCAAACAACAUCGGCGGAUAAACAAGUAUUCGCUAGUACUUGGUUUCUGCUGUUCGGCAAUCUUCAUUGUGUUCACCAUCCUGAGCAAGCCUUAAAUAAAUGCUACUGCUUAAUUAGCGAAAUUUAUUAUUUCAUUGGUAACACAGACAAGCUUGUUCCUACAAUGUACUACUGACAAAAGCUCUUCAACUCACUCGUUAUAACCUGGGUAUAGGAAACGUCGAUGAUAAGUUCCACAGGAAAACGUUUGCAAUGACCCUAUCACUUAUUUAAGUGUUUUGACGUCACUAUAUAUGGCUUGUUAUUGAUGUCUUUUUCUAAAGAUACGUCAUGACAUCAGACAAACGUGUUCAUUCAUUGAAUGAGCUGGUGACCAAUGCAACGAAUGAUGAUGAGCCACCAACUAAAAGGUCUAGGUUCUUCAGGCCCUCAGAGAGAAGUAUGGGCAUUUCCGAAUACGUUAACAAAAACCGAAAGACUUCAUUUCGUGCUAAACUCAAGGCAAGGACGUUUGAUUUUAUAGUUAAAGAAAUCGAUCCGGUGGGAAAUGUCGUCCAACUUACAACCCUUGAAAAUCCUGUAAAGGAAGACGACACCGGCACGCAAGCGCUUGAACCUACUGUGAAGGAGGAGUUAAAUGCAAUGGUAGAGUCAGAAGAUAUACUGGCCACGGUUAGAGUCAAUGUGACAAAUCUGACUAAGGGACAGCGAACUCAGGUGCACGUAGCUAUCAGAAAUGGAUAUCCCUCACUACAAAGUGAAACUAAGGAUGAAGGUAAUGUAAAGUUCAUUGUUGUAACGAAGAAAAAAGCUCAUAGAGGCGAACGACAGAGAUAUUAUUGGCCUAAUGGAAGACCUAAUCACACUACGUUCGUAUUAUACAAGGAAAAUAUCGACACCAUGGAAGCGAUAAACAUCAUCUCAGGACUGACGCGAACAAAACCGUCUGCGUUCGCCUAUGCUGGCACGAAAGACAAGCGGGCCGUUACCUUGCAGCGGGUGUCUAUCUACAGAAUGAAGCCUGAGUAUUUGCUCGGUAUUAACAAGCGGUGUGAGAAGUUUAAAAUUGGAAAUGUGCACUUUGGAGAGAAGAUGAUUCAACUAGGCGAACUUAAAGGAAACAGAUUCGUCCUCACUCUGAGAGACGUAACCGGAGGAAGUGGCGAGGAAAUCACAGAAGCUCUCGAGGUUCUCCGCUGCAAAGGUUUUAUCAAUUACUUCGGUCUUCAGAGAUUUGGAACGACGAGUAUACCCACACAUGAUAUUGGUAAAAAAAUGUUGGCGAACGAUAUGGAAGCUGCUUGUGACCUUAUUUUACGGCCUCGGUCUGGUGGACGGCCUCGACCCGAUCUUGAUGCCGCCAGAGUUCACUGGAAGAAAACGCGUGAUGCGGCCGCUUCGCACGCGCUGCUCACGACUCGAGGAUCUCAAAAUUCUCCAGAAGGAUACCUUCUAGCGGCGAUCGCAAAGGACCCAGGGAACUAUUAUUCUGCCCUGUUCGCUCUACAGAAGAAUACCCGCCUCUUGUAUAUUCAUGCCUACCAAAGUUAUGUGUGGAAUAGCGUCGUAUCAAGGCGUGUUGCACGGUAUGGAAUCGAGCUACUCGAGGGAGAUCUGGUCCUCAGCGCGGAUGUGAAAGAUGAUGGAGACCAAGCACCUAUUCAGGUGAUAACAAAAGAAAAUAUGUCAUUAUUCAGCGUUUGGAAUGUCGUACUGCCUUUACCAGGCUACGCGAUGAAGUAUCCACGGAACGAGCAGAGCGAGUGGUACACUGAGAUUGUCAAAGCCGAUGGUUUUCAAGGUCUCGAUUGUUUUAACAGCAAAAAUCGCUCAUUUUCAAUGCGGGGCAGUUAUCGAAAAAUCUUCUGUUUGCCCGGUGACCUUCAGUAUGAGAUCAAAAAAUAUACCGACCCGAAUCAGCCGUUGGUGAAAACCGAUUGGGAUAUUAUGUUGGAGUCGGAUGAAAAGUUGCGAGCUGCCGAAGCAAAAAAGAUCCAGAUUAAGCACAUGCGUCGCGAGUUGGAAAACGCUGAAAAGACAGAGAACGGAGAGGCUAUUUUUGAGCCAAAAAGAAGAAAAUCCACAAACGAAGAGGUCAAGAACAACGGUGUAGAGACUGCCGAAGAAGGGACAACCUCAAAAGCUGCCGAAGCGUCAGAUGAAACGGCCAAUGAACGGACAGCAGUUGUAUUAGCAUUCUCGCUACCGCCAGCGGCGUACGCCACCAUGCUGUUGAGGGAGUUUUUGAGAAAUGAAAGCGAAGAGGACUCUUGUCGUGUUGACAGUUCAACUGGAAAAAACGCGUAUGAAGAUGAUGCCGAAGAAGAUGAUAAAAAUCAAGAAAAGACCGGUGAGGAAUGGAAGGACUGAAUACUGAGGGGAUGAUAAAUACGUUUCGAUUUGUACUAAUGUGGUUUAGAAUCCGAAUCGAGAGUUAUUUUGAAAAAAGCUGC